GCAUCGAAUAAAUUUAACGAGGAUGAGUAGCUUCGAUACCAGCAGUACGGAUUUCGUAAAUGUAACGAUAACGAGCUCCAAUAAUGAAGACUACUCGGUGGAGAGGAGAUUCAAAAGGAACAUCACUAUAGAGGAAUUUAAGAAUAAAUUGGAACUAUUGAUUGGCUGCCGAUCCAAUGCAAUGAAUUUAGAAGUUUAUAAUAAAAAUGACGACAUUGUGUGCAAGCCCAACGACAUAAGUAAUUACUUGGGCUCCUAUCCAAUCGAUAAUGGCAUGAGAGUGCACGUUACUGCCAAUGAUAAGGAAGAGAUCCAAGAUCCCUCGACUGUACAAAAAUUUGAACUCUCGGACGAUACUUAUGCAAAAAUGCCUUCCACCGUCAAGGCAUUCUUAAAGGAGAACAAGUUGGGCAAAUACGACGAAGAUAAAGUGAGAAAAAUGGAGGAAAAUAGAGUGCUCGAAUUGGAGAAUGACAAAAAAUUGAUUAGUUGUAUGAAAGUGAACGACAGGUGCGAAGUGACCAUACCUGGUAAUCCAAAGAGAAAAGCGACCAUAAUGUACGUUGGACAGACUGAAUUCAAGCCCGGCUACUGGGUUGGUGUAAAGUACGACGAGCCGCUUGGCAAAAAUAAUGGAUCGGUCGCUGGUGUACAAUACUUUGAUUGCUACGAUAAAUAUGGAGGAUUUGUUAAGCCGUCGUGCAUUGUUUUGGGUGACUUUCCAGAAGACGAUUACGAUUUAAAUGAAUUGUAACUAAUGUGCAAAGAACAGAAAAUUUUAAAUACGUUAA